AUGGACUUAAAUGUUGUCUUCUGUUUUUUAGAAGACCCUUUUGAGGACUUCUUCAGAGGCAGGCGGGAUCCAAGGGGAAGCAGAAGCAGAGGUGGUGGAUCAUUUUUCUCUGCCUUUGGUGGAUUCCCUGCUUUUGGAAGUGGUUUUUCUUCAUUUGACACAGGUUUUACUUCGUUUGGUUCACUGAGACACGGAGGCCUUACUUCGUUCUCCUCUACGUCAUUUGGUGGCAGUGGGAUGGGUAACUUCAAAUCAGUAUCAACCUCAACUAAAAUAGUUAACGGCAGAAGAAUUACUACAAAGAGAAUUGUUGAGAAUGGAGAAGAGAGAGUAGAAGUUGAAGAAGAUGGCCAGUUAAGGUCGCUAACAAUAAAUGGUAAGGAGCAGAUGCUACGCUUGGAUAACAAGUAAUUCAACGCACGCACUUAACAGAAAUUUUAAGCUAUAACAGCCACCAUUUGAGGAUUGACAGGAACAUUUUUUGAAGAUUUCAAACCAACUCAACUUUCUGUAUAUCCGUACUUAAUCUUAAGUAGUAUAAAUAGCUCACUGAAGCUCGUUAUUUGUCAUAGACUUUUGAGUUAAUUGUUGGGACCACAUCAAUUGGACCAUUUUUUGUCCUUAAAAUUGUUGUAAAUUUCUGUAUGCACUUUUCUUUUUAUUAUAUAUGAUCAAAGUGAACCAUGAUCCUUCAGUAGUGCUAAGGCAAGAUGUACACUAACACUAGCAUGAAUCUUGCUUUUUCCAAUUUGUUUGAAAUGUGAGCCAACUAGUAGUUUGUCUGCUGUGAAGUUAACAUUUCCAGGAUAACCUUUUUAAUAAUUUCAACUUUUUUUUUAAUGUUUAGUAGUGAACAAUGUUAAUACAUUUCUGGUAAUGCAUUUCUGGUUUAAAUAAAUUAAGGAUGUUUUCUAGUUGUGCAUGAAUGCAGACAACUUAGUUUUAACAAAUGUUUAAAUGUGUAAUGUAAGCAAAAGGUAAACAAAAGUGAAGCCAGUGAGCUGGGUCUUUUGUCAUUUGCAAAAAAAAAAAAAAAUUCAAAAUGAAUAAAUGCUAAUGUUUGUGGUGCA